UAAACUUGGCUUUGCCAUCGCUGUCGCAAUAAGAAUUCGUCGAGAUUUGUUUUAAUAUGAUCGAAACAUAUUGCAUGUUUAACAAUGGACUUCGCCAAUGGGCUGCGGUUGGAUAAUGUCGAUUCUGCGAACGUUGCGUCAUAUCAGAUAACUGUAUUUAGCUCAACGCUAACUGUAAUUUCGGCCUUGAUGCGAUUUAUCACGAUCAUACUCAACUGGUGCCUAGCCUAUGAUUACUGGAUCUCAAAGUCAUUUGCCUACUGCUAUUGGACGAUUCUAUCCAUAGUAUUACCUAUGAUCUUGACAUCAAUGAUCUACUCAGCAAUACUGGUAAUUACCAAUGUGAAGAAUAAACCUUACAACCCUUGGGAUCAUGUACGGAAACUCGUUCUCUCGUAUUUGUUUCGAGAUGCACGUACUCUUAAUUGGGCCUUGCAAUACAAUGAAGCUAAAAAACACGGUGAUAAGGUCACUCAGUUUCAAUGCUAUCGCGGCUACUUAAAGGAAGAAUGCAAUGUUGGUUUACUGCGACUUUUCGAUACGUUCUCGGAAACUGCUCCCCAAAAGAUAUUGCAAUUGGCGAUUGUCUUGCGAUAUAUAAGGACAUUGACGUAUUUUCGUGCCAUAACGUUUUCAAUAUAUUUCCUAAGUAUUGCAUGGGGAUUAGUGUCGUAUAAUCGAUCAAAUCGCUUGGUCCAAUUGGAUAAGCAUGAUAUAGGAACCAGGGGAGUGAUUAUUCAGUUUUGGUUUUUGCUUUGUUUUUCGGUUUCGCGAACUGUUUGUAUAGCGUAUGUGGCCAGUCAAGUGCCAAUGGAGACAUCCAUAGCUAGUAUUAUUCAGAUAAUCUUAAGUGCUACAUUAGUUUUUGUAUUUGAUCAACCAAAGUUCUCAAAGUCGGCCAUCAUGAAUUAUAUAUUGUGCCUGGCCUUUGGAGUAGUUUAUCUAUUUAUUUAUACACCUGUUAAGGAUGCGCCUACUAAGUUCAAGUAUUUGUUGUAUUUAACGUUUUGUUUAUUGCAAAACAUUAUUCUCUGUAUAUUUUAUAUUCCAUUAUAUCUGAGCAUUGCAAUCAUAGUAUUAUAUUUAAUAGGUAUUGCGCUAAUGAUUUAUUAUUAUUUGCAAUGCCAUCCUGGAAUAACCUCUAGUGUGUUUUAAGACGGAGAUCAUAAAGAAUAGUGACUUACAACUAGACAUAAUUGAUAUUAUAUAUAAAUU